GCGCGCUGGCGCGACGAGGGGUUCGCGCCGGGCGUGAUUGGCCCGGCCAAGUGGCGGGGGGAGAUGUAUCCCGUGUAUGCGCGCCCGUUCGGCGCAAGGGGGAGGGAGGGGAACGGGAAUUAUGUGUGCGAGAUGGAGCGGAGCGCGUGUGCGCUGUUUGGGGUGGUCACGUAUGGGGUGCAUAUGACGGUGUACGAGGAGGAUGAGCGGGGUGUGAGGGUGUGGGUGCCGACGCGCGCGAAGAGCAAGCCUACCUGGCCCGGCUUUCUGGACAACAGCGUCGCAGGUGGUAUUCCCUCUGGCAUGGGCGCGUUCGAGGCGCUCGUGAAGGAGUCGAUGGAGGAGGCGAGCAUCGACGCCGACAUUGUGCGCGCGCACGCGACCGCGGUCGGGGCUAUUUCAUACUUCUUCCAGACGAAAGACGGCUGGUUGCAGCCGGAGAUCGAGUUCGUGUACGAUCUGCGCGUGCCCGCGGGCUUGGGCGAGCAGGAGAGGGAGCGGUUCCGGCCGAAGCCGCUCGACGGUGAGGUCGAGGCGUUCGAGCUCCUCCCCCUGGAUGAAGUCCUCACCCGCAUGCGCGCUGGGCUGUUCAAGCCGAACUGUGCGCUGGUCAUCAUCGACUUCCUGAUGCGCAGGGGGUUCAUUACGCCUGACAACGAGCCGGACUACAUGGAGAUCCUCACGCGGCUGCAUUCGCGGUUCGAGUACGAGCGGUGGGGCGAGCUGGGCGCGUAGCAGUGGACGUAUGAAGAUAGAAAGAUGAAAGGAAGAAGCUGAGUAUGAUAGGUAAGAUAGACGGUGUACUGACUCCCUUGGACGAUAUAUACAUAACCCGAG